ACAGGUUUGGCUGAUCCUCCAGGAUGUGAGCGCUAGACUGGUUAUUUCACUGGCGAGCGUUUACUCCUAUUUAAGCUCGGAUCACGGAUGACGGGCGAAUAACGGAUCGCUGCUGCCGUCUGCGAACCUCGGCGUCUCCAUCACCGGCACCCACAGACGUCGCACGACACGUUUGAAACGCUCCGGCGUUUGUUUACAUUCCGCCUUCGGAGAAUCCGUUUACAUCGCGCGCGCUCUCUCUCUCUCUCUCUCUCGGAAUGCCUUUGUGACGUCAUGGAGGUAGACGUUCCUUUUGGAGUUUUAAAAUGAACACCUGUUAUGUUUCGAACGGCAUGCACGUUGCGCGAAAAGAAGAAGAGAGGCGACGUUUUAAAUUCAUGCGGACAUACUGAAGCUUUCUAAUCUCCGGCAGCGCAAGUAAAGCCGUUUAGGGAUCCAUUUAGUGAUAAGCCCGACUGCUGCUGUCUGUCUGCAUCAACAGGGAACAUGGAUGGUGAAGAAUUUGCAAUGACGAGAGCGAUGAUGAUGAUGAUGAUGAGCGCACUCGUAUGACUGCUCCGCUCCCGUGGAAACUAAAAGACACUAGCAUCGAGCGCGUUUUUCACUAGUUUUGUGGAUUUUCGUUCGAAAAACUUAGCCGUAUCUCCGCGCGAAAAUGGGCAAAGACGAAUGCAAGACCAUGUUGGACGCGCUCAACAAAGUCACGGCUUGCUACAGGCAUCUUGUCAUCGCUCUGGGGAGCACGUCUGAUUCCCAAAACCUCCGAGAGGAACUUAAAAAGACCAGAAAGAAAGCCCAGGAGCUGGCCGUGGCCAACAGGACUAAACUCACGGCUCUGCUGAAGGACAAGAACAUCAGCAAAGAUGACCGAGCCGAAUACGAGCGCCUCUGGGUGCUCUUCACCAGCAGCGUGGAGCUCCUGGAGGUGGACAUGAAGCGGUCCUUGGAGAUCGGGCAGGAUUUUCCUCUCAAAGUGCCGACGAGGCACCUCAUCCAGACGGGAAUGACGGGCAGCACCACCACCGUCGCGGCUCGAGCCAUGAGCGUCCAAAACAUGAAGUACGAAGCCGACGCCAACAUCGACACGGUGGACCUCAAAGAGCUGGAGACCGAGAUCGCUCAGGUGGACCAGAUGAUGGAGGAGAUGGAGAUGAAGGUCCAGGUGGCGCCGUGGGCAGUCGAGGCGAAGCAAGAGGCGGGAGCCGAGUUGAAGUCCACCGUGAGCGUUGGGAAUUCGUCGGUUGGUGUCAUCUCGAUCUGCGAGGAGGAACCCAAAGAAACGGUGGAAGGAGAAACUGGGCUGAUGAAAGUAUUUGCAGGGAUCAUUUUCACCGCCGUUUUGCUCAUAGCUGGAAUUCUGGGGUACCUGGUGAUUAAUCUAUAAUGGAUGGAGAUAGUCUAUGUGGAUGACUGUGGCUCAGGGCUUUAGAUAAUUUUUUUUUCUUAUGGAGGAAGCAACACGUUGCUACGUUAGGCCUGUGAAACUGUGGAGGUAAUUUAUGAUGCUCUUGGUGUGGAGAUGAGCAGAUCACCUCCACUGGUGUUAGUAAAAUGCAUCUGUGUUUAAAGGGAAUAGCCAAAAAAAAAAAAAAAAACUCUUCAGACUGGUUCCUCAACCCAUGAAUGUAAAAACCGGACAGAUCACAGUAAGAAGCGGGAUAAAAGCUUUUAUUUUAGCAAAUCUGAAUCCUAAACGAACUGUCACUCUUUUCUCACUAAAUGGCGUUUCCAUCACUCAGCAAAUACCUACAGCCUGAAGAUGACAACUUUUGUGCGUAUUAAACAGGUAUUUGUUUCACAGUUUAUAUAGGUGAUGUAUUAAGGUCGCUCAUCGUUGUGUUUCCGACCUCCUGAGGAUUCACACCAAGAUAUUCUUGUUAGUCUUUCUGCAAGCUGUCGGUUUAUGUUUCUGAAGAUGGCCCGUCUUUGACUGCCCGUGCUCUCGAAAAUGGGCCUUAGGUGUGUUCUGAAAAACAGUCUAUUAUAGUUUAUUUGUACAUAUGAAUUGUACUCAUGUUAAAUUAGUGUAUAUACAAUAUAUUUAUGAUAAUAAAUGAAGUAAAUAAUG